CUUGCGGUUGAACUGAUAUAUUUUCGGAUUUUUCGUUUAUAUCAUUAUUCCUCUUCAAGGAACACAUAAUAUGGCCAAAAGAAAGAAUAGCACUUCUGCUGAAGCAACACCAACAAAGACGGCUGUCGAUGCUACAGCUGUUACUAUAUCAUCUAAUGCUGAAGAAAGCUUUCCUCGUGGCGGAGCAAGUGCCUUGACCCCUCUCGAACACAGAGAGAUCGCUAAUCAAGCAGCCAAAGAUCUGUUUGAAUCUACAACAAAGAAUGCCGAUUCCGCCUUUACUGAUUCAGAACCUGCCAAAAAGAAGAGAAAACCCAACAAGAAGACAAAAGCUACAGCCAAACCAGCUGAGAAGCCUAAAUCGGAUAAGGCAUACAUUGAACAACUGACGUUCAAGAAACUUACUGUCGGUACAUGCCUCUUAGGUUGUGUUUCCCGUAUCAACGAACUUGAAUUGUUUGUUUCCUUACCUCAUCAACUUGUCGGUGUUAUACCUAUCACAGAAAUCUCUGAUGCACUUACCGAAACUAUUCAAAAAAUUGCCAACGAUGAAGAUGAGGAUAUGGAUGAAGAAGAAAAUAAGAUGCCUAGCUUAAAUAAUAUGUUUUACGUUGGUCAAUGGCUUCGUUGUAAGAUCACCAAUCUCCCAGCACUGGAAGAAAAGGCAAAGAGACCGAUUGAAUUGAGCUUGAAACCACAGGUCGUCAAUGAGGAUUUACUAAAAGUGGAUACGACUCCUGGAGUGACAUUGGGAGCCACUGUUAAGAGUGUUGAAGACCACGGUUAUGUGUUGGAUUUGGGAGUUAAGGAUUUGACUGGAUUCUUACCUACGAAAGAAGCCAAAACAUAUAUUGAAAAAUACAACCGAAACGAAGAGCUUUCAGUAGGACAAUACGUUGAAUGUCUUGUCGAAAAGACGAACAAACGUAUAGCCAAUGUGACCAUCGACCGAAGCAAGAUUGCCAACAGCGCCAUUGAAAAUCCUUUCUCGCGCAUUACUUCUGUUCUUCCUGGCCAGCGAGUAUCAGGCAUGAUUGAAACAGUUCAAAACAACGGUCUGGUCCUCAAGAUGAUGGGCCUUUACAAAGUUACGAUUGAUGCAACACACAUUCCUGCUAAUAUGGACAUUGAAACCAGCUUCAAAUUGGGACAAAAGCUCGUUUUCCGUACACUCUUUACCAUUUUAAAUACUGAAGAAAAGGCGAUCGGUGGAUCUAUUCUGCCACACGUGCUGGAAUUAGACGUACCUACAUUGGCAAAUGGUACUAAAUCUGACAAGUUUGUCGGUGAUGUGUUCCCUGCCGGCUCUUUCUUGGAUAAUACCAAGGUAUAUCGUGUGAGCAACGGUGGUAUCUGGGUCACCCUUGACAGUCUGGACGGCAUCACCGGUUUUGUUCAUAUCUCGCGUCUUGCAGAUGAACGUGUGCCCAAUCUUUCUGCAACAGCUGGUGACUACAAGAUUGGAUCCACACACCGUGCUCGUGUUCUGUCUUAUAAUCCUGUCGAUGCCAUCCUCGUACUCACCUUACAACCUAGUGUCCUGGCUGAAAAAUACUUGCGUGUGACCGAUAUUGAGAUUGGAUCCAUGGUCGAGGGUGUCGUUGAAAAGCUCGUUCCUGCUGGUGUCAUUGUCAAGAUAUCCAAAUCGAUCAACGCGCUUGUGCCUGCUGUGCAUAUGGCUGAUGUCAAGUUAAGCCAUCCCGAAUACAAGUUCAAAUCAGGCAAAAAGGUCGAAUGCCGUGUACUCAAGAUUGAUCCUGAACGACAACGAGUCAUCCUGACACUGAAGAAAUCAUUGAUCAAUAGUGAAUAUCCCAUCUUCCAAAACUUGGCUGAUAUUCAUGAAGGUGAUAUCAGCCAUGGUGUGAUCAUGGCCAUCAAGAGAAAUGGCUGCGUGGUUGCUUAUUACAAUAACAUCAGCGCAUUUGUGCCUGGAAGCGAGAUGACUGAAGCUCAUGUAGCUGAUUUGAGCACGGUGUACAAUGUGGGUCAGACUGUCAAGACGACUGUCCUGAGAGUGGAUCCUUCAGCAAACAAGCUCAUUGUGUCAUGUAUUGCUCAUAAGAAAAAGAAGGAGAAGCAAGUGACAAAGAAGGAAAAGAAGGAUAAAAAGGAAAAGACAGAAAAGAGCGAAAAGAAACCAGUGAAGAAGGCAGUUAAAAAGGAUAAUCAUCUCAGAACGGUCGCUAAAAAGAAUGGCCUCAAAAAGUUUUCAGAUGUUCGCCGUGGAGUGUGCUAUCAAGGUUAUAUUACCAAUAUCACUGAUGCUGGUGUCUUCUUGAAGCUCAGCAAGACUAUUUCAGCCCGUGUGAAGAUUGGUAAUUUAUCAGACGAGUUUGUGGAAAACUGGAAGAGCUUGUACAAGAUUGGGGACUGUGUGCAGCUAAAGAUCAUUCACAUCGAUCGUGAACAAGAACGUUUAGAGGCUUCACUAAAGAAGAGUGUGAUCGAAAGAAAGGAUGAGUCUAAGCAAGAAGGACAGACAGCUGAAGAUUCUGAUAGUGAUGAAGAAAUGCCUGAAGUGGAUGAAGGUGAAGAUGAAGAUGAAGAAAUGAAAGAUAAUAAAGAAGAAGUAGAUGAUGACAGCGACGAUGAAGAAGAAGAAAAACCAGAAGUAGAUGAUGACAAUGAAGAAGAAGAUGAUGAAUAGAUGUCUACUUGAAUGUAAAUAUUUCCCUUUUGUUAUUGUUAGAAUAAAUUGUAUCUCCAAAAAGAAUAAUUCAUCUAUUGGUUUUUUAUUUCGAAACUUCCUUGUACCAACCAAACACUUCUCUUCGUCGUAUCCAUAGAGCUUCACGUAAUGCUGAGCUAUUCUCGCAAUACCAACCGUUAUUCCAGAUUUUCUUGAUGAGACCCCUUUCAAUGACAAGGCCAAGAAACUCUUGUAUCUGCUCUGGUAUAUG